GUACUGUUUGCAGGUAAACCUAAGCGUCUAACAGAUAGUGUAUAGCGAUUUAUGUGGAGAGGAAUGGAUUGUUAUUAACAAGUCAAUCCGGCGACUUAGACGAAGCAUGUUGAAUGGGUGUGACUGACCUACUGACAAAUGGCCCGUGUUGGUCCUUUUGGUCAGGAGAUAGAGAUGAAUGAAGGCGAACCUCCAGAUAAGAAUGUGGGCUCCAGUAUUGAGAGUCUACAUUACAUUGAAACAGCUGUCAGUGCUGAUAAUGUUGGUGCCGUUCCACCAUUGAAUGUCAUCAGCAAGGAGGUGAAAUGGAUAAAGAACAACAUAAGGAGGCGUCAUUGUCGCCGCAUUGUAGAGAAAGCACCAAAAACAGACCAGCUGCCACCCCUACGUAUACCGAACAGUAUAAAGUCACAGGAGACAGCUGGGGUGCCUGUUAGCAAUGAUGCAUUGUGUCAAUGUGGGUAUCCCAUGUCAGCCCACCCUCAUACACGCCCACAUGAUGGCUUCCCGUCAGACAGCUGGAAGGUGGACACCAACACCUAUUCCCUACCGACAGAUGCCUUCGGAGAGGUGGAGUUUGUUGGUUAUGGUCAGACGGAAAGAAAGUAUGUGCGUGUGGAUGUUAAAACCAAGACAAAUGACAUGCUAAAGUUGAUGAUGGAUAUUUGGGGCCUUGAUAAACCCAACCUUCUUAUUUCUGUGACUGGGGGUGCUAAAAACUUCCAUAUGACAACGAGGCUCAAGGAGGUGUUCCGCAGAGGCUUGAUGAAGGUUGCUAAGAGCACAGGUGCGUGGAUCAUCACCGGAGGAACCAACACUGGGGUAAUGAAACAUGUUGGGGAAGCUGUGCGGGAUUAUGGUCUAACCUCUGUAUCAUCCACUCCUGUUGUUGCCAUCGGCGUAGCAACCUGGGGUGUCAUCCAGAACAAGCAAGAGCUGGUCAGUAAGGACGGUAACGGGAAGUGGCCAGCCCGAUACAGGAUUGAGAAGGAGGCAAAGGUUCGAGAGAGUUGUCUGGAUCCCAAUCACACCCAUUUUAUACUGGUGGACAAUGGAACACAGCACAAUUUCGGUGUGGAGAUCCCUUUCCGUGCUGAACUGGAACAAACUGUUGCCAACAUGAAAACUGAUGCUAGCAAAGAUGCUGUGUCAGUUCCCAUUGUACUGCUAGUGUUACAAGGAGGUCCCAAUACACUACAGACAGUCAAACAGGCCGUCCAUAACAAUACACCUAUUGUAGUGGUCGAGGGAUCUGGCAAAGCAGCAGACAUCUUGGCCUAUGCUUACAAUAACUCUGGUGAAGAGGAAAUAGAGGUGACAGAUCACGAUGGAAACAUUCUAACUCAGAUGCGAACACUGUUUGACGAUGCCCUGAGCUCACAAAUACAGGAGAUGGUACUUGAUGCGUACGGUACCAAGAACCUUGUCAACAACUGUGGUGUGGUGAAGGAUUGUCUGGAGAAGCGUGACCUCAUCAACGUAUUCAAACUCAGUACCUCCAUAGGCUCUCAGAAAGACAUUGAUGUUCCCAUACUACACGCCCUGCUCAAAGCUAACAAAGGACAGGACUUCCACCAGCUCCGACUAGCUCUGGCCUGGAAUAGGAUAGAUAUCGCCAAAAGUGAAAUCUUCACAGAUGACAAAUUAUGGCCGUCGGGCAGUCUGGAUGAGAUCAUGCUGUUAGCUAUAGACCUUAACCGUGUGGACUUUGUUGAAAUGUUUCUUGACAACGGAGUCAGUCUGAAGGAUUUCCUCACAGUCAAAGUCCUGCUACAGCUCUAUAACUCCGUUCAGAAAAACUCACUUUUGUACACAUUACUACAAAAGAUGAAAAAGAAGGCAGACAAUAAAGAGAAGUAUAUAGGUCUGACGGAGGUGGGUAUGCUGCUACAGUACCUGCUGGGAGAUUUCUACAUCCCUCUCUACCUAAGAGAGGAAUAUUUCUCCCGCAUAGACGCUGAGCUGGAACUGGAUGGUGUGUCGAGCCGACCGCAAGCAGAGGCAAACUUCAAACAUGGCAUGCUUGGUGUUGCUCUUGUUAUGGGCAAUGCCAUGGCAGGCCCAGUAGAUGAAUACAGACAGGAUUUUGAGAAUCCUUACCAAGAGUUAUUUACUUGGGCAGUACUCCAAAACAGGCAAGGCAUGGCAAAACUUUUCUGGAAACAGGGAAAGGAACCAACGGCAGCAGCUCUGGUAGCUUAUGGGCUUAUGACUGCCAUGGCAAAGAAAACCGAUGACUGCGAACUGGCAAGGAAAUAUCGGAUCAAUGCAGAUGAGUUUUGCGAUCUGUCGGUGAACGUGCUGAAUGAGUGCUAUGAGUUAGACGAAAGCAAGGCCCAGGAUCUCCUCGUCCGAGAACUGGAGCACUGGGGCAGUGCCACCUGUGUCCUCAUCGCCGUGGAAACGGACAACAAACAGUUUAUCUCUCAGACCGCCUGCCAAUCCCUUCUCAACAGUGUUUGGAUGGGGAAACUCUCACUUGACAACGGCACUAUCAGUAUGCUGGCCUGUGUGCUGUUUCCACCACUGCUGCUUAUUUUUAUGAAAUAUAAAGAUGUAGACGACCCUAAUAACUCGCCCACCAGCAAUAGCCAAACUGACUCACAAGUAAAGGAUGGAGAGAAAGUACUGACUCGUCGACAAACUCAGCCUUUGUUUUCCCGUGCACAGACUAUGCUCCACCUCAAACCAGCUGAAAUGACUAAAGCGGAGGCAGAAAAUGCCAACAAAAACCAACCACGAAAGUAUAACAUUCUACAGAAGUUUUACCUCUUCUACACAUCCCCUGUCAUUAUAUUUGUAUACAAUGUCCUGUCGUACCUGACCUUCCUCGGCCUGUUCAGUUAUGUUUUACUGAUUAAAAUGUCGAAGGACGUGUCGAUACAAGAGAUUAUCCUGAUGGUGUGGGUGUUCAGCAUAUUUGCCGAAGAGAUCCGACAGUCUCUUAAGAGUGUUAUGACAUCAGCAUCGAAGACAUUUCAAACAAAACUGCAGAGUUACAUCACAGACAAGUGGAAUGUUCUGGAUGUAGUUACCAUAUUUUUCUUUGUGUGUGGGACGAUACUACGCUUCCUACCGUAUGACAGUACGCUGGAAGCUGCGCGAGUGAUUCUCGCUCUGAACCUUAUCACAUUCUUCUUCCGUAUCCUCCAUAUCUUCUCUGUGCACAAAGAGCUUGGACCUAAGCUUGUCAUGAUAGCUAGAAUGUUCUUUGACCUGCUGUACUUUGUUAUCAUCCUAAUGGUGUUUGUGGUGGCCUAUGGCAUUGCUGCCUACUCCAUCCUCUACCCAAAGUCGGAAUUCACCUUUGCCCUUGUUAUCGGGGUAAUCAAGAUGGCUUACUGGAACCUGUAUGGUGAACUCUUCCUUGAAGAUUUGGAACAGACCGAGCCUGGCUGUACAUUUGACCCUGUACUGUACAGCAACGACACCCUGCCCCGCUGUCCCACGGAGGUCGGCAGCUAUGUUGUCCCCUGGCUGAUGGGUCUCUACGUACUCUUCUCCAACAUCCUGCUUCUAAACCUCCUCAUCGCCAUGUUCAGCUACACCUUCCAGAAGAUCCAAGACAACACGGACCUACAUUGGUGCUUCCAGCGCUACUUCCUGAUAUACGAGUACUACUCCCGGCCAACACUAUUCCCACCCUUCGUCCUUAUAAGCCAUCUUAUUUUGAUAACUAAAUGGAUAAUAAGAAAGUGCUGUAACAAAUUUGUGCAGAAAGAGGAUUCUAUUUUAAUCAAAAAGAUUCCCAAUGAAAGGGAGAUAAUCCAAUGGGAGAACGUGAUAGCUGAUGCCUACUUGACACGGAAGGAGCUUUCCGAAGGGGAAAACCUUGAUAACAGAAUCAAACUCAUGCAUGACCGGAUGGAGAUAUUGAUGUCCAAAGUGGAGGACAUUCAGGAUGACCAGCAGAAUGCUGCGUUCGUCCAAAUGUCGGCACCAGCAAUAACACAACAAGCUGUUUCUCGACCCACAAGCCAGCAAACCGUCACUGCAAAGAUACCACCUCAGUUAGAGAGGCGAAUUGGCUCUGUGGAAGAACAGAUGACUCUUACAUGUAAAGCCUUAUCCUGGAUUGUCCAGUCGCUGCAGGAAAAUGAUAUGGCUGCCAAGAGGUCGCCUCCACUAUUACCAGAACUUCAGACUCGUGGGGAAACAGAAGCUAAUCAGAUAGAUAUAAGGAAACGUAAGCAGGAGCAAGAUUUGGCUCUCACGAUCAUUGAAAAGAAGAGAGAGCUCCACUACCGAUCCCGUUCCAGUCCCUACCCUGGCUGUUCAGUGACACGCUUCUUUGUGCCAGAUGACAUGGUGUUCUGGGAGAUACCGUUCCCAGACUACAACCCUGUGAAAUAUCUAUCUCCUGAGGUCAAGGCGAAUCCCUAUUGGGCAGACAAAGAAGAACUUAUAGAUUUGCCUCCCAACAAGAGAGAAGGAAAGAUCAAGUUUAACACAUUUGACUACAGCUGCCUGGUUGACCGCACCAGCCAUCUUGGUGAUUACAAAACUAUCAAUGGCCUACCUCUAAACCCUUUUGGUCGGACUGGUAUUGUUGGUCGGGGAUUGCUUGGGAGAUGGGGUCCAAACCAUUGCGGUGACCCCAUUGUGACUAGAUGGAAACGUGACAACAAAGGACAAAUUAUCAAGACUGGUGGCAAACCAUUGUUGGAGUUUGUCAGCAUACGGAGAACAGACAAUCAGAUGUGGUCCUUACCAGGGGGUAUGUGUGAACCUGGCCAGCAGAUACAUGAAUGCCUGAGAGCUGAAUUCUCGGAAGAAGCUCUUGGCUCCCUCAUAAAUAAUGAGGAUCAUAAAAAAGAGCUUAAUACAAAGUUGGAUAAGAUGUUUAAAAUUGGCAAAGAGGUGUGGCGAGGGUAUGCUGAUGAUCCUAGGAACACCGACAACGCUUGGCUGGAAACCUUGGUCUUUCAUUACCAUGAUAACGACGGAUCCAUUCUCAAUAACUUUGUCCUCAGGGCUGGUGAGACAGUAGAAUCUGCAUCAUGGAGCACAGCCGCCUCAUCCCUUCAGCUCCAUGGGGCCCACCUGUUUUAUCUAAAGAAAGUUGUAGAGAAACUGGAUGCAGCAUUCUAAAAGGAAUACAGUGAAAACCCGUCAACGUACAGUAUAAUGUGCUUAAUGACCUAUAGAAAGUGGCAGGAAAACAGAACUGUGUGGACUGAUCACUGUGAUACUGCUGGAAAGUGCACUACCUGAUAGUGGGAAGUGUUGACGAAUUUGUGGUAAUAUUCACCUAUUUAUGUUUAAUUGAUUAUCUUAUUCAUGAACAAUAUUUUCUACAUUCUGUUUGAUAUACUUACUGGUAAAGCCUUAGUUGUAUUUCCAAAUCUGUGUGUACUAUUAUUAUGAUGAAAGUGGAUUUCUUAUGAAAGAAAUCAUAAUUUUGAAAAUUGGGUAAAUUGUGUAAAAAGCAAAAAAAUAAUUAUGAAAUUAUCAUGACAAGAAAACACUAAUAACAUUACAGUAAUAAAUAUGUAUUAUCAAUUCUGAUAUUAUUUGUAAUAUUUCAGAAUUUAUAAUGACAAUUUUGUUUUGUAAAUCAGGCUGUGACCUUAUUAUAGAUACAUGUAUUCUCUUCAUAGUGGUCACUCAGUCAAAUGCACGCUCCUCAAGCUAAUCGGGGGGAAUUCAAUAUUAUUAUUUUUGCAUAAUAUUGGAAAAUUUUGCAAAAAAAAGAAACCUGAUGUCUGUUAACUAUUCUUUGUACAUGGUUACUGAUAAUUAUCAAUAGGAUAUAGAUUAAAAUAAGACAAUCAUUAAACUAAUAAAUCUUGCUAGGCCAUUAUACAUGAAUUUCUUCGAGUUGAUUAUGUAACUUCAAGCCUGUCACUUUUUCAUCAUUUAAAAUAAAUCAUAUAAUGUUAAUACAGUUUGGAUUUUAAAACACCCUCCUUCAUAGCUGAUGCAGACUGAAAACUGUAGAGGUCGGAAUCGAGGUCUGCCAUAAGUGUAUUCUUUUUAAGACUAAGGGCAAAUAUAAAAAAAUCAGCCAUGGAUUCUGUUAUAUUGUAAGAGUGUGAAUGAUAAAGAAGUUGACAUUUUAUUUCAACUUGGUUCAUGGAAAUAUGCAAAACAUUCCAACAAUGUCUUGUGCACAGUCAGUUCAGGCAGAGACGUAUACAUUAUAUGUCAUAUGGGGCAAAGAAGUAAUUCCAACAGUGUGUUUAAGUUUAUAAAAGGU